AUGGCCUACUACAACAGCCCCAUCGUCCCUACGCCAUUUGACCUCAAUCUCAUGACCUACCUCCUCAAUCGUAUCGCCCACAGCCACGAAGUCAGGGAACAAGCGGAGAAACAAGCGGAGAACUCGUGCCAAGCACCUCCCAUCAAGCCGUCAACACACCAAAUCCACUGCUAUAGCUCCAAUCGUCCCCAAACUCUCUCUAAGCAGCAACAGGCCACUACGGAGAAAACUGCGGAGAAGGAUAAGAGCACGAGCAGCAGCAGUCCUGUUCAAGUCGGCACACUCUCCGUAAUCUCACAUCAAUCCACUCAGCCAGUGCAAGAGAAGUCACUACAGCAGGCAAAAGCGGAGAACACUGCGGAGAAAUCAAGCGACAACAAGGCCACCAUCAGCAAGAACACGGCUCAGCUCUCCACGAUCCCACGUCAGAUCGCCACUCAGCAAGCGGAGAACGACACUACAAUAUGGCCUGCUAUCUCUGCAUGCCUAGGCAAUAUCACAUUAAGAAGGAUCUACUGCGACGAUCACAGCCAAAUUACUAUGAUAAAUUGGACCUCUGCAAGCAAAGGCCACACAUAUCUCGCUGACGUCACACCGGAUGGCUAUGCGGUCUAUGAGGAAGAUGAGGAGGUAAAUCAGGAGCAUCAUGGCCAUUAG